GGCGCUCCAUCUCGCUUCGAUGUGCACGCCCGUUUCCAUCUGAUUUGUGCACGCUCGAGGGACGAGGACGGCAUGACGAGGGAAGAGACGAGACCGAGGAAGGAGCGCGAGGGUAGCGCGCGACCGGCGACGGCGGAUCCACGGGGGAGAAACGGCGGAGAGACACAAAUGCCGAUCGCCGAUGGAAUUUCGGCCGCUGAAUCGACGGCGUCGACCACCCACCACGCACCCCUCGCCGCCGGCAUGCUACGUUUCGUCGAUAGACUUUCAGGGAAGCGGCGGCACGUGCGCCGGAGCUGCUCGGGCCCAGGUGGUGUCGCUCGCGCUGCCGAGGAAGAAACGCAAGAAGGAGAGGUCAACCAUAGAGGAUGCCGCGAGACGGGCGGGGUGUCAAUCGAGGAGAUUAGCUCGUCGUCGGUGGCGAGGAGCAAUGUUCCCCGCGACGACAAUGACGUCGUCGCUAGCCGCUGCCGCUCGCCGUCUUACCUCUGCCAUCAUCACCGUUAUCGUAGCCAUCGUCAUUCGUCGUCGCGUCAACGAUACCACCAUCGAAGGGACAUCGGCGACGGGGGCAGCGACGGCGACGGCGACGAUAACGAUGACGACGACGGCGGCGACGACGAGAGGGACGAGAACGACGAGAACAACGAGUAUGACAAGAAUGACGAGGACGACGACGACGAUGACGACGACGACGACGACGACGAUGAUGAUGACGAUGACGAUGACGAUGAUGCUGAUGCUGAAGAGAAGGAGGACGAUAAGAUAUGUCUCGAACGUCUUCAUCCUCGCCUUCAUCGGUUCUACGAUCGGCGGCCUCGCGGAAGCGGCGACGUUGAUGCCGAUGUCGAGGUCCAUCGAACCGAGACGACGACCGUCCAUCCUCUCGCACGAACCUCGCCUAUCGCGACCAACGCCGUCGCUAACCCCUCUGUCGUCACUGCCAUGGCGAGAGGAUGCAAAAUUCCGCCUUAUCUCGCGACUAUACUACUUCUUUCCUACACGCUCUUGGGUAUAGCAGAUGCCUGCUCGUCGCGUUCUACGCCGAAACCGAGGCCGCCGACGCCGACGGAUCGGCCGAAUAUCACAUUCCACAUGUACAAGUGUCCACCGGAUUACGCAGAGUGGUAUUGCUUGAACGGCGCCACGUGUUUCACCGUAAAAAUUGUCGACUCCGUUCUGUACAACUGUCUAUGCGCCAAUGGAUAUAUCGGGCAAAGAUGCGAGUUUAAAGAUUUGGAUGGUUCCUAUUUACCCUCACGGCAACGAGUAAUGUUGGAGACAGCCAGCAUCGCCGGCGGUGCCACAAUAGCAGUAUUCCUUGUCGUUAUCAUUUGUAUAACGGCUUACAUCCAUUGUAAACGAAAACAGAAGGAAUUACGGUCGAGCAAUAACAGCGUCGACACGGUGGAUGGUCCUGGCCGAGAUCCGGAGCUGAGGCCGUUUAGCAACCGCAGCCGCUCUCUUACGCACCCGGUCUACAUGACCAAGAAUACUACUAACAACUCGGCGACGAUAGAGCAGACGAGAAUGCCGAAGUGGAAUUGUCCAGAAAUGGAGUCGAUGAAGAUGGCAUCCAUCAACGAGAGCAAGCACCCGAGCCAAUAGCGAUAGAACUAUAUGACGCGUCGUCUGUACACAGCGUGUUGCCACGACGAUUCGUUAUCGGCGACGUACUCGAGACGUACGAAUGAUCGUCGAGUGAACUAUUCACUGUACGAAGGUAGUUCGAGAUAUCUCGAGACAGCAGCGGCCUUUAGAAGCCUUUAUUAGCGAACUUGUUGGGAAAUACACCAACUUGUUGGAUUCAGUGAGUGAUGAACCAUCUUAACGGCGAUGAAAGAAGAAAACAAAUGUAAAUGAAGCACAUAAACGAUUUUUCUGAGCUGAGAUGACACGUACCGGCACGACGAUGUCGGCUCUCUUCGAUUAUUAUAUCGUUAUGUCGAGACAUUCCCCGUUAUUGUCGCACUCGUGUCCCCUCCGUUUGAUCGAAGGGACGUUUGAUGCCCGUCGAUUAUCGUGUAUUCCUUCUACAAACGGUUAUCCCGAUGAACGAUUCGCGAGGAAUAGGUCUUUCGUCCAGAAAUCUAGAAACGAAAAGGAACUUUGCAUGAAUAAUGUGACGUUCCAAAACGAAACAUUUCCGUAGAUUCUUCUGUGAAGGUUCGCGACCAUUGAAUGUUGUUUUUAUGCAAACGGUUGUAUAGUAUCGCGUCUCAUCGUCAUCACUCAUUAUCAAUGAAGAAAAAGAGAAAGAAAAAGUAAUACACGCAUCAGUUGGAAAAGUAGUGCCUUUCCACUCUCGUUUGUAAGAAAGCAAAUAGUGGUACAUCUGAUCAAGAAAGAUCAAAUAGGAAAGAGAGAUAGAAAACGAGAAGAAAAGUCGCCCGUCUAUUUCUCUCACUAAAAUUCGCGACGAGUAUCGUCCAAUUCGCUAACCGUGUUACGAGCGCAGGACGCUGAUACACGCUAGUGACGAAAUCUUCUUGUAAAACACAAAAUCAAUAGCCGUAAAGCGCUGAUAGUAGACAAGGUAAAACCUUUGAUCCUUGGUACGUAUGAUAUCCACACUCGAUUCUAACUUUGUUACUCAUGAAGGACAUUAAUCUGAUAUAUCUCCGGAUAUAUAUAAAGGUGAUAAAUAUAAAUGCAUCUUAUGAGAUAUCUCAUGUUCUCGUGUCGCAGAGGUUUAAUACAUUGUGAGUAGAUCUAAUUUACAUUAUCCUUUCACCGAACUCUUCCAAAGAAUGUAGGCGAACGCGCACCAUUGAACGUACCAUUAGUAUCAAAGGGUUAAUGAACAUAUGUGUCUUAUGUAGAAGUAUCUAAGAUUUAAAUCUAGAUUAAAUCCGAUGUCUUACCAGAAAGCAAUAGUUCCCUAAGCACAUAUGAAGUACAUUUUGCCGCUAAAAAUAGAGAUGCUAUUUAUUACUAAUCGGUUAGAAAGUCUAUUGACGUCAGAUCGCCAUCCGGCGUUGUACUGUUACAUAUUGACAAAUAUUUUCUCAAGACGUUUUGCUCCUGUAACGCGAAAUAUCGUUUACCAAAUCUUAGGCACACAAAAAAAAUGACGUACUUAUAGUGAAUCAGUUUUCGUUUCCACAUCUGUAACCAAGCGGUAAAAAUAAAAAGCGGAAUUUAAAGCGCCGUUAGCUAUUAUUACAAAGUAGAGCAACAAAUAUAGUAGAACAGUAAACCCAAUGACUUUGUAAGCGCAGGGUCAUAAUUUGCUAACUCGGUGAUAGAAAAACUGCAACUAAAUAAUUUAUUUCGUCUAUUUAUACGGGAAAAAAGUUGAAUAUGAAAUUCAAAGAAUUUCUAGCACUUUUCGUCCUAUUUAUCUCGAUAUCAGAACAAUGAAAUGAAUACUGAAUGAUAUACGCAUUUAUCAUUUUAGAUAUUAAUUCCGAUUAUCGUUUCUCAUUAGCAUUCGUCUCAUACGUAAUAUAAAGGAGUAACCUGCCGGCAUUGUUAAAUUAUUUAGUAAACUCAAGUAAACUGCUAUAUCGUCUAAUAUUAAAUUAUAUAUUGAUCAUGCAUCGUUAUUUCAUACAUCUCUUGUUUCGUUAUUUAUUUAUUUAGAUAGAAAGGCUUGGUCUCCAAUCUCACAUUUCUUUUCUAUUCGAACCUCCCCAACAUCCCCCGACUUAUGUAGCAUUAAAAAUGUUGUGUUAACAAUGCAAUAGAGUGGAAUUGAUAUGUAUAUUUGGAGAUAUCUCAUCGCGUAGAAAGCUGGGCCUCUUUUGUCACUUUGUCUCAGUUUCUUGUAAAUAGUAAGUUAUUUUAUGUUAAAGGAAAUCCCGAAUCGUAAACUAUAUUAAUUAUUUAAAAAAAAAACGUUUUCGUCGCGCCACGUCGUAUUACGCUGUACUACGUUCCACCAGCCUGAUACCUCAUCGUAUUACGAUGCACUGCGCUUUAAAAAAACCGAAAUGCAUAUUUUUAUAAUUAUAUAAUUCGUUAAAAGAGAGAACAAGAAAAGGUACUGAAAACAUUGAACGAUGAUUCAAUAGUAAUUUGUAUAUUUGUAGAUACUUUCGAGUAAAAAGGAAAGCUU